CUCUUCUAACCGUUGGCAGGCGGCGAUCUUUCAAGUUAUAAAAAACUCCAAGAGCAAAUUACAGACUCAUAGAAGAUUACAGAAACCCCGUGCCCUAACUCAGCAGCUGUUGGACUUCUACAGCUCAUUUAGGGCUCCGCCUCCGAUCCCUGAGCCCCGAUUGUGAAAUAUGGGGUAGGAGGUGGAGAUUGAGUUAGUCUAGGAGCAGAUGCGUAUUUAGUUAUGAGAUUUAAAUUUGGGUACUGUGGUGACCUUUGUGUUGUGCGUUUAAGAGGGUAAGAUGCCAUCUGCUUACUUAUCGAAAGUUAGGACUGCAGUGCAGAGAUCGAUUUUAGGGCAGGAAAGUGUUUUGUUGGACUCGUUAGACGGGUUGAUUGGUCAGGGGAAAUUGUUGUUUGGUAAUUCCUCCAGGUUGCUCCAUUUCAGGCCGUUUUCGGCUGUUUCAGACCUGUAUGCGGUUCUGCCACCAGGGACUGUUGUUGCUGCCACAAGGUCGGAUAGGCAGUUAGUUAAGCAGAGGAAGCAGAUUUCUGUUGUUGGGGAGAUUUCGCGGAUCAUUUCGACUCCAUCUGUGUCGGGGCCUUCGUUACAAGUUUGCGGGUAUCAUAUUGAUUCUGUGCUUUCAGAUAUGGCUUUGUGUGGUUCUAAAGCUUUAGUUGGGGGUUAUUCCCCUGAUAAUUUAGCCUCGAGGCACGGGCUCAGUUGGAUGGUACCUGAAAGGGCUUCUACAUUUUAUAACAACAGAAGUAAAAGAUCUGAUGGUUGCCACACAGCCAGUAUGAGUUUGAAUAACAAAGGGCAGCCAAACAGUAAUGCAACUUUUGGAUAUUUUGUAUAUGAAGUAGGGAAGAGAUGGUGUAAUAAUUUCCCAGUAAAUGGAUUCGGCACAAGAGAAUUUCAUAGUUCUUCCACAUGCUUCUCUGCUGGGACUGCCCAAGAUGUGUCUUUUGAUAAUUCUGCUCCUGAGGAGCAGCUUUCGAGUUCUACAGAUUCGUCGGACCAGAAGAACGCAGAUGCAAAGUCCUUAAAACUAUGUUCAGGAUCAUGCUACCUACCCCAUCCUGAUAAAGAGGACACUGGUGGGGAGGAUGCUCACUUCAUAUGUGUGAACGAACAAGCAAUAGGGGUGGCAGAUGGUGUUGGUGGCUGGGCAGAUCUUGGUGUUAACUCAGGAUUGUAUUCCCGAGAACUCAUGUCCAAUUCUGUAACAGCUGUUCAGGAGGAACCCAAAGGUUCGGUUGAUCCUGCUAGGGUGUUGGAGAAAGCUCACUCCAGCACAAAAGCCAGAGGUUCCUCAACAGCCUGCAUCAUAGCUCUCACAGAACAGGGUAUUCAUGCAAUUAAUUUAGGUGAUAGUGGGUUUAUAGUUGUUCGAGAUGGGUGCACUGUCUUCAGAUCUCCUGUUCAGCAGCAUGAUUUUAACUUUACUUAUCAACUGGAGAAUGGAGUCAACAGUGAUCUACCUAGUUCUGGCCAGGUUUUUACGGUUCCUGUUGCUCCUGGGGAUGUUAUAGUUGCUGGAACUGAUGGCCUGUUUGACAAUUUGUAUAACAAUGAGAUUACUGCAGUUGUGGUUCAUGCCAUGAGAGCUGGAUUAGGGCCUCAGGUGACUGCUCAAAAGAUUGCAGCUUUGGCACGCCAAAGAGCGCAGGAUAGAGACCGGCAGACACCUUUCUCUACUGCUGCUCAAGAUGCUGGGUUCCGUUACUAUGGUGGCAAGCUCGAUGAUAUCACUGUUGUGGUUUCAUAUGUUACCAGUUCAAGUGAUUCAAGCGAUGCCUGACUCAAGAUCGAACACUCCUAUGUACAUGCACACAUCUUUUUUUAAUUUCAUUUUCAUUGCCCACUCUUGUUAAGGAGAAUCAGAAGCAUUCUCCAUGACAGGCUUAUCGUAAAAGCAAGUUGGCAUUAGGCCUUGAUUUUGUCUGUCAUUCCUGUUUUGGACACACUCUGCUUUAUACAUAGAUAAAUGAGUGUACGCACUCUUCUUGGUUCCGAA